AAUCAGUUGCAAUCGAGGGCUCAGUGUGUCAUGUCGUCAGGGCGCGCGUCUUAGUCCAGCAAUUGUUAUGCCAAACCCAACGAAAUUCUCAAUGAUAAACUACUAAUAAAUCAUAGAAAAGAUUCAAUAAGAUCUCUAGUGAAAUUAUACAAAAGAGAGAGUCUACAACAAUAAACCAACCCAGCAGUGUCUUGUGUAGUGAGUGAUCAACGGUACGGGGGAUCGAUCAGUUUUGUUACCAUUGAAAUGAGUCUGCCGUCGGGAGUGGAUAUGCAGAACCUAAUGUCACAGCAUCCGGUGCUCGGAGCCCUUCCGCCUGCGUUCUUCCUGCGCGCCGCCUCCGAAAGAUAUCAACGCACUCCUAAGUGCGCUCGCUGUCGCAAUCAUGGCGUGGUCAGCGCCUUGAAGGGCCACAAGCGCUACUGCCGCUGGCGGGACUGUGUCUGCGCCAAGUGCACUCUCAUUGCGGAACGUCAGCGGGUCAUGGCCGCUCAGGUUGCCUUGCGACGUCAGCAGGCGCAGGAGGAGAAUGAGGCCCGGGAGUUGGGUCUGCUGUACACAUCCGUUCCGGGCUCCGGCCAGCAGAAUGGCAGCGACAGUGUCACGCCCACACCACAUAGUCCCACACACAGUGGAAAUGGAGGUCCAGCCAGUGUCGGAUCGGGCCAGAAUGGUGUGUUCCAUGGAGGGAUUCCCUCGCCUCCGAGCGACGGCUUUGAAUCCAGCUCCACGCCCAAUCAUCACCAGCAGCAGCAGCAACAGCAGCAGCAUCACCAGCAGCAGCAGCAGCACAGCCAGCACCAACAUCAGCAGCCACAGCGACAGCCGUCGCAGCACUACAAUGGCAAUGAAUCCGACACGGAUGGACGCACCCGUUCCGAGCACCUCAGCGUUGGCUUCUCACCCACACGCACCGAGCUGGACGAGAGUCCCGUCUCGAAGCGCGGAGCAGCCCUGUCCAACGAGACGGACCAGGACACCGGCUCUGAGUCGGGUUCACCGAGCAGUCCCCGGCCCAAGGUCGCUGGGCUGUUCAACCUGACCGCCAGUCUGUCGCCCGCCCGCACUGGUCCGCCCAGCUCCCCCGAGUCCGAUCUAGACGUGGACUCGGCGCCGGAUGAGGCCACGCCAGAGAAUCUGAGCCUCAAGAAAGAAGACAGCCAGUCGCCGCCCAAUACUCCCGCCGAGAAUCUGCACCUGCUGCGCUCCUUUGGCAACGGCCAUGCCCAGGGCUUCAUGCCGUACCAUCACACGCAGUUCCUGGCCGCCGCCGGCCUGCCCACACACCACCACCCAGCGGCGCACUCUCCCCUCCAGCAGCAGCAUCUCGGCCAGCAUCCCCAGCAACAGCAGCAGCAGCAGCAACAGAGAUCUCCCAUCGAUGUCCUGAUGCGAGUGUUUCCCAAUCGCCGGCGCAGCGACGUGGAGCAACUGAUGCAGCGGUUCCGCGGCGACGUCCUGCAGGCAAUGGAGUGCAUGCUGACCGGCGAGGAUCUCGGACAGACACCGCCCCAAGUGCCACCGUCUCCGCCAUUCCCCAUGAAGUCCGCCUUCUCGCCCCUGGUUCCACCCACCGUGUUUGGCUCGCCAACGCACCGCUACCAUCCCUUCAUGCAGGCCCACGCCAAGCGAUUCCUCUCCGCCCCGUACACCGGCACGGGCUACCUACCCGGAGUCCUCAGCGCGGCGGAUAUCGAGCAGUCGGAGUCAAAUGGCGCCGGCGGCAUCGGCCUGGACCGCAGCAGCAACGCCGACUCCCAAGAUUGAGGCAGCACCAACAUAUUCAGGCCCUUCGAAUGAGGCCGUCCCUGCCCCAACCCCAAAUCGUGUGUACGAUUUUGUUUUAGGCAAAUCGCUUAGAGCGGGAUCUAUCCUAGCCAUUUAUGCGUAACAGUGACUGUAAAUUACGUUUACUGUGGAACUGCUAGCCCAAGUAUUGUACCAUAGAGACCAUACUUAUAGACAUUACAUAUACAGAUGGAUGUCGGUGCCCAGUUAAGAGCCCUAAGAUACAUUUAUUUAGCUGAAAUUAACAUUGUGACGAUAGAGAUGAAGAGUUUAUUCUGUAAGGGAUGGAUCGAUCGCAUCAAGCAUGGAUAUAUCCGCGUGUAUCAUAUAAAUAUA